AAUAAAUCUGGGAGCUAUUAAUGGGUUUUGCGUAUACGAUAUAUUAAAUGAUCAAAACCCGUGGGUUCCCGGAAAUUUCACAAGUGUUUGAAUUUCGAACUAGAUUUUGGGUUUAGUUGUUACAUUCAAAACUAUUGGGCUAAUUGUGCUCAAUUAUGAAAAUUCGAGGGGUUAAUGAGAAUAUUCAUUUACGUCUGUCUGUCCUUUUGUUUGAAGCAGAGAGAGUGUUUUAGAGCCGUCGUUAAUGGCGAAAACUGAGAAGCUAGCUCAAUUCAUUGAUUCGGGAAUCUACGAAUCCGACGACUCAAAUUGGUUCUUCUUAGACCCAGUUCGCAUCAUCAAUCGUUCAUACACCAAAUUUAGGGUUUCACCUUCUGCUUACUACACACGUUUCUUCAAUCCGAAGCAUCUCAAUUCACAACCCAAAGACCCUAAUCCGAGAAAGCGAAAACGGAAGCAGAAAGCCCCUAGCUUUCACCUUCCUAAUGCAGGAGAGCUAGCUUCGAAUCUUCGUCAUCAGGAUGCGAGGCUGUUCUUAUCUAAAGCCCUUGAUUCGUUUCUUGGAGAAACAGAGCUGUUAAAAUUAACGAAAGGUCUAAGUGAUGAUGAUGAUAAUGAUGAUUCUAGUUUGUUGACUAAGUGUUUUGACGAUGGACUCUCUUUUGUUGAGCUUGGAGGAGUGUGGCAAGCUCCUUUGUAUGAGAUAACACUGGAUUUUAAUCUACAUUGUGAUAAUAAUGAAGGUUGCUUAAUUGACAAUUGCAAUGAAAAGAGAGUGUUUCAAGUGUUUAAUAACUUAGUAGUGAACGAGAGCGGAGAAGAAGUUGAAGCUGAGUUUUCCAACCGGAGAUAUAUAAUGCCUAGAAAGAGUUGCUUCUACAUGUCUGAUUUACUGCACAUCCGAAACCUCGUUCCUGCUAAACCUGCAGAAGGCUUCAAUCUUAUAGUUAUUGAUCCACCAUGGGAAAACGCAAGCGCUCAUCAGAAAUCAAAGUAUCCUACUUUACCAAACAGAUACUUCUUAUCCCUCCCGAUCAAGCAGCUUGCUCAUGCUGAAGGAGCUCUCGUGGCUUUGUGGGUGACCAAUAGAGAGAAAUUACUUAACUUUGUUGAGAAAGAGCUAUUCCCUGCGUGGGGAGUUAAGUAUGCUGCUACAAUGUAUUGGUUAAAGGUGAAACCAGAUAGUGCUUUGAUUUGCGAUCUGGACCUGGUCCAUCAUAAACCUUACGAGUACCUUCUACUAGGCUACUGCUUUACCGAACUUUCAGGAUCAGAAACUAGGUCAGAUUUUAAAGUCUUGGAUAAGAAGCAGAUAAUCAUAAGCAUCCCUGGAGAUUUUUCGAGGAAACCCCCUAUUGGAGAGAUACUCAUGAAACACGUCCCCGGGUCUCAACGUGCUCGGUGCCUUGAGCUAUUUGCUAGGGAAAUGGCUGCCGGAUGGACCUCUUGGGGAAACGAACCGCUUCACUUCCAGGACUUGAGAUACUUUUUGAAAGAUAAUGAGUGCAUCAAUAAGUUGUAGCCAGUGUUCAGGGCCAAACUUCACGAUCGUUUUCUCCAUGGUUCAUUUUCAAUCUGAGGACAGUGGGAGAGAACCCUUGGAUAUGGCUAGAAGGUUUGGUUUAGGAAACGGCAUCAUUUAAAGAAACAAACGCUUAAAAAGUCAGCCGAGAAGCUUCAAACAACUACUGUUAGACCUUGUUUAUUGGGGGGUUCAACCCCUGUCUCUUAGUUUUUUGAUGCAAAAAAAUAAAGCAAAACAAAAGAAAAAAUGUAAGGGGAGUUGUUAUAUAAUAUCCAUGUGUUGUAAGAGACGUUUCAGCGUGCUAUUGGCUUGACGAAAAAAUAGAAAAUGUGGAAAAAAAUAUUUGCUUCCCAUUUU